AUGAAAGCUUACAUUCUUUGCUGUGCACUAUUCACUCUGAUAUGCACUUCUUCAGCGACGCUGGAGUUCGAUCGGACUUUUCAAUCGCUCAGAGAGCGGGCGAUGCCAACUCUUACCGCUAGUUCAACAUCCGCUUCCCCAUCAGCUGGAAGCAACUCAACAAUCACGUCCUCGUAUCGUGCUACCUUCACUCCGUUGGUGCCCGGCACUGUAGGCAACAGCAAUAUUCAAAGAACCGUCUACCCCAGCGGGACGGUGUUCGUCAUCGUUGGGUCGAUAAUGGGCUUUGUGGGGGUAGUUAUCCUCGUCACUUGGAUUUCUUUGGCAGUGAAAGCUUGGUGCAGCGCGCGCCGUGAGUACAAGUCGCAGGCAGCGCAGACAAUGUACCAAGCAGAUCCUUUCAUGUUCCACUCGAACGAUUCUGAUACUGAAUACUCUGACGGUUCGGACCACAGUGACGUUUCAGAAAAGGUCCUUAAAACAAGAGGUUCUACACGGCCCAGUAUAUAUUCCCUCGGGUCUCAGUCCACCCUAAACCUGCUGCAAAGAGGAACACAGACUGGGGCUGUGGCUUCGAGUGCUCAUAGGAACUCCAUGUUCAUUUCUCCAACUGAAAUCAUGAAAAACACAACAAAUGGCAAAAGCAUCUUGUCUCUAGGCACGCCAACAUCUGAGCAAUCCAAUUUCUCAAGCCCGGUGCAGAAUACUGAAAUUUUAGGAAAAGCUGAUCCACUAUAUCAGCUUGUAUACGGCGAGCAGCGCUCAUAUAGACCGCCCAGCGUCCAUCUGGAAAAGAUGUUUGAUGAUGAUUUGUAG